CCGGGCACCAUCCGAAGCAAGACAAAGAAGGAGCUGUGCACUGCCUGCCAGCAGCCUAUUAUCGACCGCUAUAUCAUGCGGGUAAUGGACAAUUCUUGGCACGAAGGGUGUCUCACCUGCUCCGUCUGCCACAUUCACCUUUCGCAUACCUGUUACUCCAGAGACAGAAAGCUCUACUGCAAGGCGGACUACGAUAAGUUGUUUGCUGUCAAAUGUACAGGAUGCGUGCUACCCAUAGCGCCGACGGAGCUAGUGAUGCGCGCCUUGGACCACGUAUACCACCUCCCGUGCUUUGUCUGCGUGGGCUGCGGCCGCCAGCUUCAGAAAGGUGACCAGUUCGUAGUCAGGAGCGGAAGGUUGUACUGCAGGCCCGACUUCGAAAAGGAGAUGGCCGUCAUGCAGAUAGUCACCAGAGGUGAAAAUGGACAAUUGACCCCGACAGCUCCACAUAACGGUCAGCCGCGACAGGACGGACGGAGGGGGCCGAAAAGGCCUCGAACUAUUCUCACAACUGCCCAGAGGAGAGCGUUCAAGGCCUCGUUCGAAAUCAGCCAAAAACCCUGCAGGAAGGUUCGUGAAUCUCUAGCGAAAGAAACAGGUCUCAGUGUUCGAAUUGUACAAGUAUGGUUCCAGAACCAAAGAGCCAAGCUAAAGAAACUGCAAAGGAAGCAACAGCAGCAAAUGCAGCAACAGAGCCAAAAGCAAGGAGCUGACGGGCAGCAAAACGGGGGAUCCAAUGCUGAUCUUUCGAGUCCUGGAAAAGACGGGAAGAAAUCAGACGAACUGAGUCAUGGCGAUCCUGCCGAUUAUUCCCCACCAUACGCUCGUCUGUCCGUUGGGGAUUCCGACCCCUCGCAGUUCCCUUUACCUCCAGUUCCUUAUGCCUCACACGGCUCAGAAGGCCAAUAUUACUCGUCUUCCCAUCCCGAUGCCCAGUACAUGAAGAGCGACAUCAGCAUGGACAGCGAAGGAAGCCUUGGUGGCUUGGAAGAUGUGCUCAUUAGCCAAGGACAAACAGCCAACUUGAGUGAUGGAGGGCAUAUAUUCCCAUCGUCUGUCAAUCCCAUUGACAAGCUUUACUCCAUGCAGACGUCCUACUUCAGUUCGAAUGAAUGUGAAUGCCUUGGCGCGACGAACUAGCUCGAACUCACUGCUGAAACACUUUCAUGUACAUAUUAUCGAUUAUGGUGGACAGCUUAUCUAGAGCGAGAAAAGAUUCAUUGUGGACGAAGCAUUUAGCGGAUUGUCAGUACUCAGUGCCAAACAUGUGGUGUACAAUUUGGAACUCGACAUUCUGAAGAAUUAGAUAAAAAUACACUACUUUUAAUUGAAGACUGAUGCCAUUCUCAUUUUCAAAACUUUAUGAAAUAAAGAAUCAUCUUAGAGUCUGUAACUGCUAUGUUAAUUGAAUACGUGAUAUAUUUCCUUUCUGUUCCAUUACAGCAAAGGCAGAGACAAUACUUGUGCCAAUUUAAAAAACGUCUGUUUUGGGUUCAACAAAAAUUUCGCUAAAUAAAAGUUAUCUGUGUUUUGGAA